AAGGGCUCAGAACUUGUAACAGAAGAUGUUUAAAGUCCUCCACUCAAGGGAACUCUGUACUUUGCACUUUGGUUAAAUUCUCAUUUGAAUUUAAAUUUCUAAACUUUUCUUAGGACCUUAAGCUUCCUUUGAUCUCCUCUCUUCUGAAUUGCAGAAAUCAGAUAAAACUAUUGGUAAAAUGACCUCUCGUCACAUUACUGAAGAACCUAUUAAAAAGAUUGCUAUCUUUGGAGGAACUCAUGGGAACGAGCUAACGGGAGUAUUUCUAGUUAAGCACUGGCUGGAGAAUGACGCUGAGAUUCAGAGAUCAGGGCUGGAAGUAAAACCAUUUAUUACCAACCCAAGAGCAGUGAAGAAGUGUACCAGAUACAUCGACUGUGAUCUGAAUCGUGUUUUUGACCUUGAAAAUCUUGGCAAAAAGAUGUCAGAGGAUUUGCCAUAUGAAGUGAAAAGGGCUCAAGAAAUAAAUCAUUUAUUUGGUCCAAAAAAUAGUGAAGAUUCCUAUGACAUCAUUUUUGACCUUCACAACACAACUUCUAACAUGGGGUGCACCCUUAUUCUCGAAGAUUCCAGGAAUGACUUUUUAAUUCAGAUGUUUCAUUAUAUUAAGACUUCUUUGGCUCCAUUACCCUGCUAUGUUUAUCUCAUUGAGCAUCCUUCCCUCCAGUACGCAACCACACGUUCCGUAGCCAAGUAUCCUGUUGGUAUAGAAGUUGGCCCCCAACCCCAAGGUGUUCUGAGAGCUGAUAUUUUGGAUCAAAUGAGAAAAAUGAUUAAACAUGCUCUUGAUUUUAUAUAUCAGUUUAAUGAAGGAAAAGAAUUUCCUCCCUGUACUAUUGAGGUCUAUAAAAUAAUGGAGAAAGUUGAUUAUCCCAGGAAUGAAAGUGGAGAAAUAGCUGCUAUUAUCCACCCGAAUCUGCAGGAUCAAGACUGGAAACCAUUGCACCCUGGGGACCCCACCUUUGUGACUCUUGACGGAAAAACUAUCCUGUUGGGUGGAGACUGUACCGUGUACCCUGUGUUUGUGAACGAGGCUGCUUAUUACGAAAAGAAAGAAGCUUUCGCAAAGACAACAAAAGUCACUCUCAAUGCAAAAAGUAUUCGCUCCUCUUUCCACUAGAAAUCAGUGCUAGCUUACUUUUUGUGGGGCAUCUUGAAAAAGGACCAGUCUGUACGCUCCUCAAGAACAGAAUUGUGCCUUAUUCAAGUUCAUGAUCUGAACUUGACCCAGUCCUGACCCAGUCCCCAAGCAGUAGGCAUUCACACCAGUGUCUUAAAGAAAAAAAAGUAAAUUAAUGAAUGUCUUUUAAAGUUAUCGUAUUUUAUGUAGAUAGCUUCUUCAAAGAAGUGUGCUUCCUAUUUCUGCAUAGAUUUUUAUACAUUUACACUCUGACAGUUUAACAUUCUUAAAAAUAGCCUUCUCUUUCAAAGUACAAAAGACAUAGGUACUAUGUGCAGAGUUAUUAACUUGAACAUGGCAUGAAAUGUAUGUUUUCAAGUAAUUUUUGUUUGUUUUUGUGGUGCUGGGGAUUGAACCCAAGGCCCUGUGUAUGCAAGGUAAGCACUCUACCAACUGAGCCAUAUCCCCAGCUCAAGUAAUUUUUAAGUGCUACUAGAAAUUAAAGGUGGAGACUAUUUUUUAAAUUUUUCAUGAUUGAGUUAAUGACACCAUAUUAAGUAUUCAGUCCAUAAACUAGCAAUAGUUGUGAUACCCAUAGUAGAUUUUGGCUGCUCUUCCUCAGAUGACAUGUUGAAGAGAAAUGAGGGCUGAUUGUAAAUAUACAUCUAGAAACACUGAUGUCUUACACUCACCUUGAGAAGCUACUUGUCCUUCUCAACAUGGACAAAUUAGGAAGAGGCAAAUUCCUCUCAUCUGCCACUUCUUAUUUUGAAGGAACACUCACUCUUACUCCUAGCCAAAGCGUGAGGAGAUCUUUGGACGCCAGUAGCUGCCAGCCUAGGUGGUUAAGACCCAUAACGGAGGACAGAAGACACCAAUAGAAAUGGGACCCUAAUCCAUGACUCUGGUUUGCAAACACACCCUUUCAAGAAAUUCUCCCAUUUUUUUUUUAAAGCUGAAAUCCCUCACCUCUUGUCCUCAAAGGACCUCUGGCAAAACACUGCCUCCCUCCCUGCCCCAUUCUCAGGGCCCUCCCCUCACCUCUUUUAGGUCACAGCAACCAAGUAAGGAACAACUUUAUCCUACGAUUUGAACCCUAAGGAAACACAUUUAUGGCUUCAAAUGUUUUACCAAAAAUACUAACAUUAUCUGGAACUUAUAUAGGUACACAAAUAUUUUCAUUCUUCCAGAGCUAACUCCACUAAGCCAAUUUAAUUCCAUAUUCAUUGUUUUAUAGAGCACAACUAAAUGAUUUCUGAAUUUUGCACUAGAAAAAUCAUUGUGAGCUUUGCCAAAAUUAUUUUCAUUGGAAUAAACUUCCUUCUGAAGGUUGUAGUAAAAA